AACCCUUCCCAUCAGUCAACAGUCAAUGCGCAACACCUUCCAUUACUAUUCCUCUCUUCCUCUGCCACUCUUGUAUUGUCAUCUUUGGCUUACAAAAAUUCUGUUUUUCUAAACUCAAACUUUGCUGUUUGUUGUAUUUGUUUUAUUGCGUGUUUAAAUUAUACUCAUCAAUAUGAAUAACAGGCCAAAUUCUGAAUUGAAAAGCGUGGUGUGCCCUGACAAGGGCAAAGGUGUAGUGAAACGAGCCCUCACCAAAGACUGCAUCUGCGAACUGCCUGGCGGGGUGAUUCAGUGCACAACAUGUGGAAGCAUCUUCUGCGGACGCGUCAGAGUCAAGUGCGCCCAACACCCCAACACAAUCUUCAUAUCUGAUUUCGCUAAAUGCAUCAACUGUAACGCUCCGUCGUACUAUCUGUACAUGGCUGCCAAAAAAUGAGUGCACAAUUGAUUGUAAAAUGAAAAUUAUCAACUAUUUAUUGUAAAUAUUAGAAUAAUUAUAGCAAUGUAAUUCAUGCAUUACCUUUAAGACUUCACUCAAGGUAUUUCUAGUAUUAAAUGUAUAAGUGAAUAUAAGUGUAAAAAUGUUUUCCAAUAGUUUUAAUUGGAAAAUUGUAGAAUGUAUAAAAUGAUGAUCUUGUUAAACUUUAUAGAAUGAUCUCAUUUACAACCUUAAAGUAGUGUAUAAUUUGUCUUUAUCUUUAGGGCUACUUUUAAUAUAAAUAGAAAUACAAAACUCAGUAUCCUUUUAAAUUACAGUCGAACCUCUAUAUAACGAAGUCGAUUAUCCCGAGAAAAAAUUCGCUGCGAGAGGUAUUCGUUAUUGAGAGGUUCUGUCAAGAAAACUGCCACGAUGGAUGCCUAUGGAUCUUAUAAUAUCGUAUCACGGCGGUAAAUAAAUGAAUAUGGUACAUAAAACAUAUUAUCAUCGCGAACGUAGAUAGGGUACCUAUUAGGCCAAUAUUAAUAUGGAAAUUUGAAAAUUCAUUCUGUCGAUAAAAAACAUGUUUUUUGAAUAUUUGUAGAACGUAAUAAGUAAGUAAACUUACCAAUUUAUUUCCAGAAAGCUUGAUUUGUUCUAUUAGUAGAGUUUAAUCGAAGUACAUAUUCUGUAGCAAUAUUUUUCAACUUUUUACACUACUAUUAGAUGGAACGCAAAAUACGGUUAUUUUGUCAAUAUCUUCACUAUAAAUUAAUACUCUAAUAACCCAAAUAUCCUAUUCUUUCGUUUUAUAUUUGAAAAGUGAGUAAUAUCGGUUGAAUUUUGCAUUUGAAUAAAACAUCAUGUUUAAUAAACGACUCACAUUUAUUCAAACAGUCGGACAUGUCUGGUACACUAUUUUUCAGUUUUAAUCCUUGCCUGAUAAUUUUGAAAGCCUCUAGAACUUCUUGAUCUGACGGAUUCUUUUCCUCAGGUUCGUCACGGUCAUCAUCAUUAUCAUCAUAAUAAGUUCAAAGAAUUGAAAUGUGUGACAAAAGCAAGAAUGGGAAAAAUGUCCAGUAGUUCACCUGCUUGGUCUACAAUAAUGAACCCAUCGACAAAAGACAGAGAAGAAUGGUGCAAAUUGAUACGGAGAGCCCACCUUAAAUGACAUAGGAAAAUGAUGAAACAUUUUAUGAACUAAUAAGAAUAUUAAAGGGAAUUGGAUAAAAUAUUAAUUUUAUUUCAACUUGAAAGCUCUUGUAAUUCAAUUUCCAGUAACUUGCAUUCAAUUUUCGACAUGUGUUUCACCCUCUAUUGACUGUCUACCACUCUAUCUUCUUCCUUCUUCCUACCUGAAUUGCCAUUAUUUUUAGUCUAUUGACCUUUCUGCUGAAACUAAAGAAUUCCUUGAAAAUGACCGUCUGCUUCCUAUACACAAUACACUUUGUAUGUUGAAGUCAAGAGAAAACUUUGUUGUUGAGAGGUCCGAAAUUCGUUAAAUGGAGGUAAAUGAGCAGCAAAAACUCGAAAAUGUCAUGGGACCAGGUAAAAAUUCGUUGUGUAGAGGAUUACGUUAAGUGGAGGUUCGUUAUAGAGAGGCUCGACUGUAUUUGAUAAAAUAAUUUAAAAGGUCACUGAGAUUUGUAUUUCUAUUUAUAGUUUAUAAUUUGUAUGUACACUAUAAUAGUAUUUAGGAAUUUCAUUUAUAUAAUACAAAGUCAGAAGUUUAUGGCAAAAGUUUCAACUCUAGUGAACAAGAGCUGCUAUAUUUUCAGGUUUAUUUAAAAAUUUAUUGAUUGAAGUUUAGUUUUAUUAAUCUAAAAUAGUUUUCAUGAACAGUGGUUUGAUGUCGGAUUUUGAAAGCUCACGAAGGACACCUCUGCGAAAUUUCUGAAUUAUGGGACAAAAGUGAGUCACGAGUCGCUUGUAAUGGGGUAAAAUAUAAUACAUUAUCAAUUUUGAAAAACACAUUUAUUCCCAAGAGUAUUUUAAUGGAACUUUUAACUGUAAUUAAUUUUGAAAAACAAACUUAUACAAGAGUUUUCUAAUAAUGCUAUAAAAUAGUAUAUAACAUACAUAGGAUUAAUUCCAAACAGAAAGUUAUUAUUUACCCAGCAGUGAGUAGCCUAGGUGCUUCUUCUUUAUUGACUAAUUAAGUAUUUAUAUUUUUUUAUUAAUAAACUACUACUUACAAUUUUUACUUAAAAAAUUCCGUGAGGAAUCCUAUUCUUGUCUUAGUUAUUCAUUUGUUACCGGGUACCUCUAGGAGUGCUUUAUUUUCUAUUUGUUGUUUAUAAUUAGUUUAAUAAGAGAUUUUCAAUGUUGGAAAUGAAUAUUUGCUAAGAAUUUUCUAAUUGUAUCAUAAAUUAAUAUUUUGAGAUAUACAA